AUGGAAAACGGUGACUCUCCUCUGGUAGCUGCAAUGUUCAGAGAGAUUGGAAACCUACGUAAUUUCAAGCAAAUGACUUUGAGGCUCAACAUGGCUUCAUUGAAAGACAUGCGCUCACAGAAAAUUCAUGGUUCGUUGUAUAAGGCUAGCUUGGAGAAGAGUUAUCGUCAGUUCACAGUUUUAAAGUUUGUGGAGUUAUAA